GGAGGAUUUUAGGCUGGAGCCGGCGAGGGAGGGCGUUCAGUCGGGCGGGGGAGGACGGGAGGACGGGUCGGAUCCAUCCCGCCGGAUCGCGGUCCCUGGAUGCUGGAGGCGGGAGAGGAGCGCGCUGCCCCCGAGCAUCUCAGCCUGCGAGAGGAGCGCCGAGGCGAGCGAGACAGCGUGGAUUGCCUACAGAUUGUAUCUGGAAUGUCCCGGCACGGUGUGUAUGAAAAAAAGCAAAAAGUUUUCUGAUCUGUAAGUUAUUAAUACUUGGCUGGCUUAGAAAAGGCGUUUUCAAGCUGGAAAGGACCAGAUGUGCUUUGGAUUUAAGGUACCGGAGGAAGGCAAAAGAAUUGCUUUUUAACUUAUUGGGAGGAAUUAACUGCAACAACUUGCAAAUGUGUCGAAUCGACGGUAAAAUGCACUUUCUAUUCGUUUUUGCACUAAUCAUAAUAUCUUGCAAUAAUGCUGCGCUGGGCAAGAAUUUGAAAUACAGGAUUUAUGAGGAGCAGAGGGUUGGAUCAGUAAUUGCAAGACUAUCGGAGGAUGUUGCUGAUGUUUUAUUGAAAAUGCCUAACCCCUCCUCAGUUCGGUUUCGAGCCAUGCAGAGGGGGAAUUCUCCCUUGCUUGUAGUCCGUGAGGAUAAUGGAGAAAUCAGCAUAGGAGCUAAAAUUGAUCGGGAGCAACUGUGCCAGAAAAACUUAAACUGCUCCAUAGAGUUUGAUGUGAUCACUCUGCCCACUGAACAUCUGCAGCUUUUCCAUGUUGAAGUCGAAGUGCUGGAUAUUAAUGACAACUCUCCGCAGUUCUCCAGAGCUCUUAUCCCUAUCGAGAUAUCAGAGAGCGCAGCUGUAGGAACUCGGAUCCCUUUGGACAGUGCUUUUGAUCCAGAUGUGGGAGACAACUCCCUUCACACUUAUUCCCUUUCUGCAAACGACUUCUUUAGCAUUGAUGUGAGAACCAGGACUGACGGCGCUAAGUACGCCGAGCUGAUCGUGGUCAGAGAGCUGGACCGCGAGCUGAAGUCGGUCUACGAGCUCCAACUCACCGCCUCUGACAAAGGGGUGCCCCAGAGAUCCGGGUCAUCCCUCCUGAAAAUCAGCAUUUCCGAUUCCAACGACAACAGCCCCGAGUUCGAGCGGCAGUCGUACGUUAUCCAGCUCUUGGAAAACUCUCCGGUUGGGACUUUGCUCAUAGACCUCAACGCUACUGAUCCAGACGAGGGCGCCAAUGGGAAGGUCGUGUACUCCUUUAGCAGUCAUGUGUCUGCCAAAAUUACAGAAACUUUUAGGAUAGACCCAGAGAAAGGUCACCUGACCCUGCUGAAGCAAGUGGACUACGAAGUAACCAAAUCCUACGAAAUUGACGCUCAGGCUCAGGAUAUGGGGCCAAAUUCCAUUCCAGCUCACUGCAAAAUUAUAAUUAAAGUUGUGGAUGUGAAUGACAACAAGCCAGAAAUCAACUUAAAUCUGAUGUCCACAGAGAGAGAAGAGGUAGCUUGCAUUUCUGAGGGGUCACCCCUGGACACCUUUGUUGCCCUGGUCAGAGUGCAAGACAAGGAUUCUGGUGUGAAUGGAGAGAUUGUUUGUAAGCUCCAUGGGCAUGGCCACUUUAAACUUCAAAAGACUUAUGAAAAUAACUAUUUAAUCUUGACUAAUGCCACUCUAGAUAGGGAAAAGAGAUCUGAAUAUAUCUUGACUGUAAUAGCAGAGGACAAGGGAACGCCAAGUCUCUCCACAGUGAAACACUUUACUGUCCAAAUCAGUGAUGAAAAUGACAACCCACCCCGCUUCCAGACAAACAGAUAUGAAGUUGUUAUCUUGGAAAAUAACUCUCCAGGAGCAUACAUCACAUCAGUCACAGCCACAGACCCAGAUCUGGGCGACAAUGGGCAGGUGACAUACACUAUUUUGGAGAACUCUGUUUUGGGAAGUUCUAUAACCACCUACGUGACCAUCGAUCCCUCCAACGGGGCCAUCUAUGCCCUGAGGACCUUUGACCAUGAAGAAGUCAAUCAAAUUGUCUUUGUGGUCCAAGCUAGGGAUGGAGGGAGCCAGCAGCUGGUUAGCAACACCACGGUGGUCCUCACCAUCAUUGAUGAAAAUGACAACGCUCCCGUCAUCGUGGGGCCGGCGCUGCGCAACAGCACAGCAGAAAUCUCAAUCCCUAAGGAUGCUGAAACUGGCUUUCUUGUCACCAGGAUAAGGGCUACAGACAGAGACUCUGGCAUGAACUCGGAGCUCAGCUGCUCCAUAGCAGCUGACAAGGAAAACAGCAUCUUUGUGAUGGAUCCCCAAACUUGUGACAUCUCUAUCAAUGUGAGCGUGGAAUCGGUUCCAGCAAAACAAUGGGAGUUUUUGGUGAUAGUCCAGGAUAAAGGCAGCCCUCAGCUUAGCACUAAAGCUCUUCUGAAAUGUACCAUUUUGGAGCAUGUUUAUUCAUUUUCAAGCACUGAAGCAACGUUGGUAAGCCAACCCUCCCUGGACAUCUCCAUGAUAACAAUUAUAUCCCUGGGAUCCAUAUGUGCUGUGUUGUUGGUUAUUAUGGUUAUCUUUGCUACGAGGUGCAAUCGAGAGAAAAAGGACACCAGGUCUUACAACUGUCGUGUGGCCGAAUCAACCUACCAGCACCACCCAAAGCGUCCCUCCAGGCAGAUCCACAAAGGGGACAUUACCCUGGUGCCCACGGUGAAUGGCACUCUGCCCAUCAGAUCUCACCACAGAGCCUCCCCAUCGUCGUCCCCAGCCCUGGAGAGGGGGCAGAUGGGCAGCAGGCAGAGCCACCACAGCCACCAGUCCCUCAACAGCCUGGUGACCAUCUCCUCCAACCACGUGCCCGAAAACUUCUCCCUGGAGCUCACCCACGCUACACCAGCUGUCGAGGUUUCUCAGCUUCUCUCGAUGCUUCACCAGGGCCAGUAUCAACCAAGGCCAAGUUUUCGAGGAAACAAAUAUUCAAGAAGCUACAGAUAUGCCCUACAAGAUAUGGACAAAUUCAGCUUGAAAGACAGUGGCCGGGGUGACAGUGAAGCUGGAGACAGUGAUUAUGAUCUGGGGAGAGAGUCUCCAAUUGACAGACUUCUUGGGGAAGGAUUCAGUGACCUUUUCCUUACAGAUGGGAGAAUUCCUGCAGCCAUGCGCCUGUGCACGGAGGAGUGCCGGCUCCUGGGCCACUCGGACCAGUGCUGGAUGCCGCCGCUGCCCUCGCCCUCCUCCGACUACCGGAGCAACAUGUUCAUCCCCGGCGAGGAAUUCCAGGCGCCCCAGCCGCACCUGCAGCAGCAGCAGCAGCACCUGGAGGAGGACGCCCCGGCGGGCGGCGAGGAGAAGAAGAAGAAGAAGAAGAGCUUCUCGACGUUCGGGAAGGAGUGCCAGGGCGAGGAGGAGCCGGGGGACGGCUGCGGCUCGUCGCUGCUGUCGGAGAUGAGCAGCGUGUUCCAGCGGCUGCUGCCGGCCGCGCUGGAGGCGGAGGGCGGCGAGCCGGAGCGCAGGAAGGGAGCGGGGCCGGCCAGGGCUGCCUGCCCGCCGGGGGUGGCGGCCUGGGCGGCCAGCACACACCUCCAGAGCCCGGCCGGCAGCGGGCCCGCCCACCCGGGAGCGCAGCCCUCCGCCAAGUGGCUGCCGGCCAUGGAGGAGAUCCCGGAGAACUACGAGGAGGAUGAUUUCGACAACGUGCUCAACCACCUCAGCGACGGCAAGCACGAACUCAUGGAUGCCAGCGAGCUGGUGGCAGAAAUCAACAAGCUGCUGCAAGAUGUCCGGCAGAGCUAACUGUUCCAAAAGCCUAUUUUUCCAUGUUUAUGGAAAACUGGAAGGGGAAGAAAAAAAAAAAACCCAACAAAAAAAAAAAAGAACAAAAAAAUAGACUGAGGAGAACUGGCAUUGCCAACUAGUUGCAUUUAUCAUAAAUGUGUCUGUGUAUGUUGAAUAUUAAAAUACUGUAUUUUCAUAUGUACACAAUGCAAGUGUGAUUAUCUUUAUCUGUAUUUUAAAAAUACAUUUGUACCUUAUAUUUAUGUGUAAUUUAACAAAUAAAUUUUAUUUUUCUACA